GAAAUCCAAUGGGCCGCAAUGGGUCAGUGACGGGAAGCCCAUGCGGGAAGGACAUGCAAAAUUGGUGGAAGAGAGCAGCAGCGGUGAGGAGCCGCCUUGGUGCGGAGAUGCGCAAGUGACAUCGGAGCUUCGAAGCCAAGUGGUGGAAGUGGAAAUUCAAAAGAAUUGCCACGGAGCUGCGUUGCUGUCCAUUGCUCAAGUCUACGACCCGGACUAUAUUAGCGAGAACGGCAGAAACCAGGCGCUGGGCCGUUUGGCAAAUGGUAUAUUGCUGUUGCUGCUGGGUUGCGGCAUCCAAGGUGGUAUUGAUUGCCCUCCUCUAUUUCUUCUCAGAAGAGAGAAUGCAAGACCCCUGUGAAGAAGUCGAAACCUCUAAGCUGGCUCAGGAACUGCGAGGAGCAAUGGCUGGCAACGAAGCGUUGCCAACGACGCAGCAUGCAGCGCACCUGUGUUUGCAAGACCACAGUCUGCCGUAUUCGCAAUCAAUGGUGAGCUUCGUAUGGCUUUGCAAGUGCGUCCCUGCCAUUGUGAAUGCUGCUUGGGGAACGAUGGUUUUGAUCUCAUUGCCAACUGGUGGUCAAAGUACUAUCAGAAGCAAGGCAGGAAAGCUGGACGUGGUGGGUCUUCCUGUGAUGCCAAAGGUGCUCGCAGUGAUCUUCAUCCAAGUGCCGCUGGUUUCGCUUGAGCUCAGCCUUGCAAUGGUGGGCAUGAAAUUUCUCAUGUACUGCAAUGCGCUUGGCAAGUUGCUGGUGAAAGCUAUGAGCCUUUCUUACAUUGAGACAGUUUCAGCCGUGGUAUUCGUGGGCCUGUCGUCCAAUGCGUUUCAGCUCGAAGUCAGUCCUUUCUAGCGCAUGAGUUCAAGCGGCUAUGGAUCUUCCGUUUGGAAUCAUGGCUUUCUGGAUUGAUCAAGAUCCUCAGCGUCGCUGCUGUAGUUCUUUGGUAUUGCCGCAUCAGACAUGGCAGCCUCCAAGACUUUCGGCUCGCUUGCUUUGAGUACAAGUAUCAGUUCGUAGUUCCCAAUUGUGGCCAUUGCAAACUAAGCCUCUCCGAUGCUGGAGAGAUGCGAUCUGACUUGCGGAUCCACAAGUCGAUGCGGUCGACAAAAGGAUAGAAAGGCAGAACAUGUUAAUCUAUAGGGAUCUAGCGAAUCAAUGC